AUGCAUGCUUAUGAUGCAUACACAAAGACAAUAUGCACUAUUUGUAAUAAGCAAUAUAUAAAAUGUUUCUUGAGUUUCAUAGGAGGAUUAUUUUUGGCUCAAUUAUAUUACUUUUACAUGUUGAAAACGAUUCCAUUUCCUUAUUACAUUGACAUUUGUUUGUUUUUCAUAAUCAGUAUCUUGUUGGGAAUAGGUAAUGCAAUUUCUAUACAACUACGUUGCAUAUCUCUGCUCGUUUUACCGAUGUACUGUGGAAAACCUGGACGUGGAGUGUUGAAAGCUGUUGUUCUCACUUACGUGGUUGCUGGACCUAUCACGAAUAUGGGACUGAAUGCGAAGGAGGUGGUUCGUGUGUUUUCGUGCUCGACCCAACUUUCAUACAAUUUGUCUAGAACCAAACACGAUCUCGUAUCGAAGCCUAUUCGGAAAACUAUAAUUGGUUUUCAAAGUGAUAUAGAUCAAAUGAAGGAUGCAAUACGGUCUAUUAAAAAUGUCAUAGACCCAAUCGAAAAUGAAAUUGAAGGGACCAGUGAAGUAUCUCAAAGUCGACAACAAAACAAUAUUGUUGAUGAUUUCUUCAGAAAUAAACGACGUUCCGAAUAUAUUGAUGAUAAAUAUCUACAUAAUAAAAAUGAAGAAGAAGCACAAAUAUAUCAGAAAGAUUAUCUCAAAAAGCUAGAAUAUCGAUGUGAAAACCAAUUUUCCCGAGCAGUGGCUGUAUGCUCUAAUGUGUUUGCGACGGCACACAAUGCGUGUUACGAAUCCAGCCCGCCGUAUGCGGCUUGGUCCUUGUGUUGGCCGAUGAAGCUGCAACGUAUAUGCAACAUUAAGGCUCUUCUUAAGCAAACCGAUAUAUGUAAUAGUAGAAAACAGAUAAAUUCAGGAUUAGGAGAAGGUUAUGUUUAUUUAAAAAAGGCUAAAAAAGCAUUGGUGGAUCUAAAAAGAAUCAGUUUGCUAUAUAAACUACCUAACUAUCGAGAGUUGUUUGAUAUUCAGGAUGCCGAGGAAACAGCAGAACGGGUCAUGCAUGCUUUCGAAGAAAAAAACAUAGUAAUGCGAACUGCUACCAUAAUAAUUAAUACAUGCAUGGCGCUUUUAUUUCUUCGUAUUUUCCUAGCUGCUGUGACGUACCAUGAUAUGUACUUGACUGAAAUCGAAUAUGACAACGUGUAUAUCACUAGUUACUUUAAGACAAUUGAUAUAAGGCGAAGAACGAAGAAGAAGUAUACGUUAUUGCCUUUGAAAAAGAUGGAAAGAAACAAAUACGUAGAUGUUCACUCACUAUCAUAUGUACUAACGGAACGGAACGUUCUCGUCACCCACAUUCUCAAAGUGAUGUUGGAAGUUAUCACAGCAACUACAUUUGUGAUGUUGGACAGGCUUUUCUACGAAGCCCUAGACGUGGUACGACAACACGCUGAAACAGAGACGAGUCUGCAAGGGACACGUGAUUUGGAAAUAAAAGUCGAAGGUACAGGAGUAUUAGCAUCGAUGAUUCAGAAGUUACUCGAUGGUUUGAAUGAAAGAACUCCCAUUCGGACCUUUGUUGACACUAGUCCAUGUUUGCCGCGACCACGACUUAUGCCGCAUGCCUUCUUCUUCAAGAUAUACGGUGGAUACCUGUGGAUAAUCCUGCUGCUGUAUCUGAAUCCAUAUACGCUUCGCCUAAGGAGAUUAAUUUGUGGCUACUUUUAUCCGCGACGCGAGAAGCAACGCAUAUUGCAUCUCUACAACGACAUUUUGAAAAAACGUCUAAAAAUGCAGAAAACUUUGCGCAGAAAAGCAGUGCAAGCUGUCCGUGCGCAUUAUCUGUCAGGGGAGAACCUGUUAAGCAUGAGAAUCAAGUUUCCCCGGAUUCUCGGUUGGCUGAGGAUACUACCGGCGGCCAGGAUGACUUGCCUCAUUUGUGGUGAAACUGAGCCGCGGAAUAAUAUACGUAAUCAUCAAGACGAAUUAUGGUACUCGUGUACAGCAACGAAAUGUCCGUUUGUUUAUUGUGUCGAGUGUUGGCAAGAAGUAGGUGCGUGUUGUCUCGCCUGUGAUCCGAGCUUGGCAGAACUCAGCGACAUUGAUUCUUUAAGCGAAGAUGAACAUCCGAGAUUUUAGUUAAAAGAAUACUAACACAGAAAAUUUUAGAAAAUAAAUUAAAUUGGGAUCUAUACUUUGUUUAAAAAUAUCACAUCAACACACACCUGAGGGUUUACCAUGAAAUGAAAUUCUGAAUUUUUGGACUCAAUUUCGUGCUUUCGUUCAUACUGAAAUCGGCCAAGUAAAUAGAGCUUAACAUUUCGUUCGUCAUAAAUCCUACCAUAAAAGUCCAAAUGAACGAUAUUUUAACAUUUGAAAUAUUUAUAAACAGUAGGUAUUAAGUAACUUUAACUUCAAAUUUGUGAUUUAUUUAUUUUUAGUAACGGAUAUA